GGGUUGGAAAGACUACUUUGAUCCAGAAAGUCACUCAAGCUCUAAAAUCCUCAGGCACUUCCAUAGAUGGAUUUUACACAGAGGAAGUUAGAGAAGGUGGCAGGAGAACAGGAUUCGAUGUUGUCACUUUGUCUGGGAAACGAGGACCGUUAUCUAGAGUCAGUUCUGAUUCUUCUACUUCAAGACGUGAAUGUCGGGUUGGACAGUAUGUUGUAGACGUUGUUUCAUUUGAGCAGUUGGUUCUACCUAUGCUGAGAAAUGUAAACCAUGGCAGUGAUGCAGAGAAAAAAAUCUGCGUCAUAGAUGAGGUUGGUAAAAUGGAACUCUUCAGCCAGGCUUUUAUUCAAGCUGUUCGUCAAACGCUCACUGGCUCAGGGACUGUGGUGCUUGGAACUAUUCCAAUACCUAAGGGAAAGCCACUGGAUCUUGUUGAAGAAAUAAGAAGUAGAAAAGAUAUUAAAGUGUUCAAUGUUAGUAAAGAAAACAGAAACAGCAUUUUUCAAGACAUCUUGGCAGCUGUGGAAUCCUGCAGAAAAUGAAGACAUUUUGUUGCCUGUAAACAAGAAAGCUUUUAUUUCAACAAAACAUUACAAGGUUUUGCGGCUGUUCUAGUCUGUCCUUCCUGCUUUAGCCCCUGGAGGCUUUACUAGAGCCUUCAUGGUAAGCAAGGUAAAGCUGGUAAUGCUCUAAAAUGUGAAAAUGAGCUAGCAGGCUUCUUGUGUAUUCAGUUCACAAGCUGAUCCAAAAAAUUGAACAGAUGCAUAGUUAACAUCCUGUUCUCACCUGGGUGUUUGGAAGUUAGGUGGUCUGACUC